CAUCAGUGCGAUGUGACUCAGCCUGAGAGUUCGGCUGCAACGAUCGUGACCGAUUCGUUUUCAACUACGAAGAAGGUCGAGAAUAUUCAAGAUGGCAGUGCACGCGUCUCGUGACACGCUGAAAGAAGACAACUCAAAGAAGUAAGAAGCAUCGGCGCUUAUUGUGUGUAUGCAUGUUAUUCUACUCUCAUUCGAAUCCUCCGGUGGGUUCAGACUACAUGGUAGUAGUCGAGCGCUGGGCUCGCGCCCCUAUUCCCCCAGGCCGUCGGUGUCGCAGCGAUAAGAACCGCCAUAUCUCCCCCACUAGCCAGGCUAUCCAGCACUCCGGGUCCAAACUAACAUCUAUGAUCUCUCGGUUCAAGUUGACAUUGAAGAUUGAGCUUCACCGCGUAAAUCCAUUCAGCACGUCGCCGCGCCUUAUGUAUUCAAGUCACUUUAUCGAUAACAUAAUCGACAAACAUCCCUUGAACCGGAUUCUAGGGAUGACGUCUCAAGAUUUUGCGGAAUGCAAGUGUCAGGCUGCUGUGCCACGUAGUCACUCGUUGGAGGAACUGACAAAGAUCAUCCGAGUCCUGUCACGUCGACAGACCCUCCUGAGGUUCCUUACAAGCGAGUUCGAGGAUCAACUGUCACUGGGUGGGUUCUCCACGAUCUGUAGAUCAGUGGGGGCCAGCGUAAUCGUGGUGAAUGGUACUCUCAAGAGCAAGGUUUAAUAGCGGGGAUCAGUUGCUUCUAUCAUCAAACUCAAACGUGUUGGUGAGUCGCACCCCACCGGAUGCCAAAACCUAUUCGAUGGAAGGAUAUGGUUCAG